CCCACUUUGUCAGGAAAGAGAAAACCGCUAUGUAGCAAAACGGCUUAGGAGAAAACGAGCACCAUUGUAGCCAUUGUAGUAUUUUUAUGAUAAUUUAAAUCGUCGGCUGGUAUAGUAUAACCCGCUUUAAAGAUGAAAGUGAGAUAACUAAUGUGUAUUUGUUGUUAAGAGCAGAAAUGGAGAAGCAGCCGCGUCUGUUGUGUUCUGAGCUGUGUGUUCAGCGCAGACUGUAUGAGGUCACAUUAAACUGCGCGAUUCUCGCGUGGAAAGACAUACAAAUCGCCAAAAAACACACCGGACGCGCCAUAUAUGGAGCUGUCAAAGCUGGUAGUCAUUGUGUCCCCGUAUGUGAGAUUAUAGCCGUUCAGGAAAAGGAAGAUGACUCUCCCUGUAAAGACACUGGGAAAUGGCAGAAGGUUCCUCAGAGCCCAGCAGACUGCCAGCACGCUUUCACAGUGUUCUUCAUAGAGAGGACGAGGCAGCACUGCUGGCGGUGCAGCAAUGUGACUUUCCAUUGCUCUGAACAUUCCCUGUGUCUGCUUUGGGUCCAAACUAUUAGGGAGCAACUUGGAUUGUUGACCAAUCGACCGAAGAGGUUGCUGGUGUACAUCAACCCCUACGGAGGAAAACAACGCGGGAAGCAGAUUUACGACCACAAAGUGGCCCCCAUCUUUUCCCGGGCUUCCAUUUCCACCGACGUGAUUGUUACAGAGCGUGCAAAUCAUGCCAGGGACCACUUGAAGACAGAGGCUGAUCUGAAGAAGUAUGAUGGUGUGGUGUGUGUCGGAGGAGAUGGCAUGUUCAGCGAAAUUAUGCAUGGCCUCGUCUCCCGUAUGCAACAGGAUGCAGGUGUAGACGAGAACUCCAUGGAGGAGACCCUUGUUCCAUGUGGACUUCGAAUCGGCAUCAUUCCUGCAGGUUCGACUGACUGUAUAUGCUACGCCACAGUUGGCUCAAAUGACCCUGUCACCUCAGCAUUGCACAUUGUUGUGGGUGAUUCUCAGCCAAUGGACGUCUGCUCGGUGCACAAUGAAAACAGCUUCCUGCGCUAUUCUGUGUCACUAUUGGGUUACGGGUUCUACGGAGACGUGCUGACAUACAGCGAGAGGAAGCGCUGGAUGGGCCCGGCCCGUUACGAUAUCUCAGGUGUUAAAACUUUUCUGUCACAUCGCUACUAUGAGGGAACUGUGUCCUUCUUACCUGCUGAAGGGAACUUAGGAACUCCAAGAGACAAAAUGCAGUGUCGAUCUGGGUGUAGUAUCUGUCGGCAGUCCUCGUCUGACAAACUGGUCAGCAAAGAUGAAGACAGCGUUUCUGAUGCUGAGUGUCGGGACACGUGGACGGUCAUCAGGGGGAAGUUCUUGGCCAUCAAUGCCGCCAACAUGAGUUGUGCAUGUCCUCGCAGUCCUAAAGGUCUGUCGCCGUCAGCGCACCUCGCAGAUGGAACUACUGACCUCAUCCUUGUUAGGAAGUGCUCCCGAAUUGACUUCCUGCGCCACCUGCUGCGGCACACCAAUAAGGAUGACCAGUUUGAUCAUUCUUUUGUGGAGGUGUACCGGGUCAAGCAGUUCCGAUUCACCCCCAGAUAUCAGGAAUGUGAUUCCGAAGUGGACCUGAGAGAGAGUGGAGCAGGAGGCAAGCGAUUCCUUAGUCAGAUCUGCAGGGAGCACAGAGCCUGUGGCUGUAUGCCUUCCCAGAGCAACUGGAACUGUGAUGGAGAGAUCCUUCCACAGACUGCAAUUCAAGUCCGGGUCCACUGCCAGUUGAUCACGCUGUUUGCGAGAGGGAUCGAAGAGCAGCCGGUAUUUGAGGACCCGUACGCUCACUGUGCAAUAUAGAUCUUCAUGAAUUCACUCCAGCUGGCACAUGAAGGAUUGAGAUUCUUUGAAUGGAAGAGUCACCUUCAGCUCAGCACAAUGUCACGCUGUUUCUUAUGCUGUUAUAUCUAGAUAAUCCUCGUGAAGAUGCUUUGGAAACACCGAUCUGGAGUCAGCAGCAUCUUUAUACAGGCUGUAUUAGAAUUCUGUAAGAUAGGAUUAGCUGUUUCAGCUAGGCACUAGUAUUGCUAUUUUUUCAUUUCAACCCUUGAAGUCAUUGAAGUUGUUGGUGAUAUCUGUUGCUGUGUGCGACAGCUUCUAGUUGUCAGCGUUUGUCUUCCACCACGAUCAAGCUGGUCUUGAGAGUAGCGUUAAUUGAAUUCCAAAGUCAAAUCCUUGGAACUGUGAACUGUUUUGGUUAUGAAAAUAUUCCUCUUGGUAGCACCUUUGCUGUUUUGUCUGUAUAGAAAGCACAUGAGGUGAUCAGCUGAUAAAGAUAAUGGUAUACCAAAAAAAAGGUUGUGGUUUGUGUCAAACUUUUUGUUGGUCAUUAAAAAAAUGAAAAUUCUGGCAUCAUUUACUAAAAAAAAGUUCCAAACAAAUUUUGAGCAAUUUUAAGUUGUUAAUCAUUGCCAGCAACGUAAAAAAGUUUUUGGUAAUUAAAACAAAGCUGAAAUAAAAUAAUGUAGGAAUGUUGCCUAGGCAACUAACUAGAAUAAAUAGUUUUAGUACUUCAACUCAAACUUAAGACUGAAAUAAAAAAAAUUAAAUUGAAUAAAAAAGCUAAAUUGAAAUAUUUUAAAAAUAUAUAUACUAAUAAAAAAAAUUUAGGGAUUAGGGAUUAGUUCACUUUCAAAUAAAAUUUUCCUGAUAAUUUACUCACACCCAUGUCAUCCAAGAUGUUCAUGUCUAUCUUCAGUUGUUUUGGCUGUUAAUUUACACAAUGGGUUGAAAAUAGGUUUCAAAGUGCAAGUUUUUGAAAACGAUACUGUAAUCGUCUCCAUGUUAACUAAAAAAAUGUGAAUUUGUGAAAACGGUGGCAUCAUGCGCAUGUGUAUUACGCGUUCAGUCUAUAGUCGCGUUGUUUCUUUACAAAGUGACAUCGCCAACUACUGGCCUGGCAUGAAUAAUGCAGCAUCUUUAGUCGUUUUCACAGAUCCGUGUUACCGGGGAUUGUUUGAUCAUCGUCUGUACUUGAAACUUUUCAAAAAACACGAAGAAAAAACGUUUCAGUUUUUAGUAUAUCGUUGUCAUGUAAACAUUCCCUACAAAUAAAAGCUAAAACUACUAAAUAAUUGUAUAUAGAUAAAAGUAUAUUAUGAAAUAACUUUGAUCACUUAGGUACAAACUUGUCCUUUUGUACUUGGUUACAACUUACAUGACAACCAAUGGCUUGUAUUUUGGGAAAAAGACAUUCUGCUAAAUCUCUCUUUUUUGUGUUUUACUAAAUAACAUACAGGUUUGGAACAACAUAUGAUGGCAGAAUUUUCCGUUUUUGAUGAACUAUUCAUUUUUUUUUUUUUAAUUUAGCAAGAAGUAACAUCUAUGAUGUAGACAGUGUAGCCUACAUCAAAUUUAUUUUGUGCACAUGAUUAUUUAGUAGCAUCCUGUUUUUUUCUUUAAAGGCAACUUUUACUGUUAUUAUACAAAUAGCAUGUCGAAUCAGUAUGAAUCUGCUUCCCAAAAAACACACCUCUUAGAUAUUUGACUGAUUCUAAUUCUAAUUCCCCACUCUUACCACAGUCAGUUUUGUUUUCCUGACAUUUCAUGCAUCUAAAUGUAGCAAUGGUGAGCUAGACUACAAGGGUUGACAGCCAUUUAACUGCAGGGUCAGUGUAUGUACAGCUGUUCAUCAGACAGAACGUAAAGGAAAAUACUGUAGCGCUCUUCUCUGCAUUGUCUUCCUUGGUUGCACCCCCCACCUAGAGAAUAUUUCCUCCCUUUAUAAUGAAUGUUGUGUUUGUGUUUCUUAUGCCGACAUCAUAUUUCUUCUGAAAGAUCUUAUUGUUCUUGCAGUAUCAAAGGAUGAAGGAGUUUAUGAUAGACAGAAAAAUUGCUUUUCGCUGUAGUGCAUGUCAGCUGCUUUAAUAUGCAUUUUUUUUAAAGCUGUACUAGUGAUUGAGAGCAUUGAUUUCCCAUGAUGCAUCUGUCGAGGCGACACAAGUUCUGUAGCCAUUACAAACAAAACAAAGUUCAUGUCCUUCAUAGACUGGAAGAUUAUAUGGAAGCUUAUUUCCACCAUAUAAGG